GAAAAUUCCAUGGAAUUGGACUCCUCUGAUAACCCCAAUUGGCUCCUGGAUUAUGGGAUACCUGAUUUCCCGCCUCCAGCUGCCGCCUUCACUUGGUCCUCUCAAUCUACUCUCAAUACUCCCUCUAAUGUCCGAGCUGCGGUUGAUUGCUCAUUUGCUGAUUCAGAUAGCUUGAGGGAAGCUGCGUCUAGGAAAAGGUUGAAAUCUGAAUCAUGCGGUAGAUCUGGAUCGAAAGCAUGCCGGGAGAAAUUGCGGAGGGAUAGGCUGAACGAUAAGUUCUUGGAAUUGGGCUCCAUUUUGGAGCCGGGAAGGCCACUCAAAGCAGAUAAGGUUGCUAUUUUGAGUGAUGUUGUAAGAAUGGUGCAUCAACUACGUAGUGAAGCUCAGAGGUUGAAUGAAUCUAAUGAGGAGUUGCAAGCGAAAAUCAAAGAAUUGAAGGCAGAGAAGAACGAGCUUCAUGACGAGAAGCAGAGGCUGAAAGCAGACAAGGAGAAGUUAGAACAGCAACUCAAAGCCAUGAGUGCAGGGCCAGGCUUGCUACCUGCAGUAUCUGCUCAAGGGCAAGCUGCUGGAAACAAGUUGAUGCCUGUCAUCGGAUUUCCUAGUGUCGCAAUGUGGCAAUUCAUGCCGCCUGCUGCAGUAGACACAUCACAGGAUCACGUUCUUCGCCCUCCGGUUGCAUGAGUCGAAGGAUGUUAGUGGUUUGGUUCUUGGUUCUUAUUACUGGUAUCUUUACGAUUGCUUUUUCACUUAUUGUUGUGUGUGAGAGUGAGAUUGUUGAGUAGCUGGGCAUUCUGUCCUCGAACCAUAAACUUUUGACGGGUUUCCGCUACUAAAAAUGUAAAAUACAAUAAAAUAUAUAAAUUUGAACUGGUCGAAUGAAUCUGUAACAAUGGUUUAUACAUUGUCUCAACAUGAAAUUGCAAUUUCAUGUGUUUUGGAAUGUUUUUCCUACCAUAAUAUACCA